AUGGAGAAAUUCGUUCUGCCUAUGAAUGGAAAUGAUUUUCUACUUUUUAUGAGCAAACGUAACUCAUUAACCAGUGUCAUCGCGGAAUAUCACUCUAUAGUGCCUAUGCGAAAAGAAAAACUGCUGAAAACUUCAAUCCAGGACGAAAAUGAGAGUGAAAACGAAGGCGACAUUCAGUUUGAGCGCCAUCUAUAUCGUUGGGUAAAGCUCAAAAGUAAGGAGACUGUCUUUGGCGCCACUUUCGUUGAUGGUUAUGAGAUCGAGCGCAAGUAUAUUUGUACCAAGAGCCGGCAAGAUGUCUACGGAAACUUUUGGGAAAUCGUGUGGAAAUACAAGGUGCAAGUCAUUGUGAUGAUGGAUCAAUUCAGUGACAAGGAGAGUAACCAAAAUUUGUUCCCGGAUGAGGGUUGUGUGACAGUCUGCGAUAAGUUUAAGAUAAAGACUUUGGAGAUUCGUGUAAAACCGCACUACAAAUUGACUUUGCUGAGCCUGACCGACCAGUCUGGCAACGAGCACAAAAUUUCCCACUGUCAAUACACCGCGUGGCCUCGGGACAACUUUUCCCAUCAGCUGGAUGCAUUCAUAGAUUUUUAUUGGAACGUGAGAGACUUGUGCCUUCAGUUGGAGAAACAAGCUGACAAGAAAACUGCUCCUAUGAUUUUGCAAUGUCUAGACGGGCAUAGUAGCUCUGCAGUGUUUUGCGUAUUUGAUAUAUGUGUUGCGGAAUUUGAGAAAACGGGAACUCUAUGUGUCUCAAGUGUUCUAAAGAAAGUGCGGCAGCAAAAAUAUGGAUUCAUGAACCGCUUGGAAAACUAUACUCUGUGUUACGAAUUGCUUUCGGCCUAUGUCGAGAAAAAGUUGUCUCCUAUUACUUCUUGA